GGGAGGCGCGUACAGCAGCUCCAGCGAGAAGCGAGUUGCCAGAGCCGGGCUGCUUUUCCAUCCGGAGCUGCGAGCUCCGUGCCCGCUCCCAACAAGAUGCUCAAGGUGUCAGCCUUAUUGUGUGUGUGUGCAGCGGCUUGGUGCAGCCAGACUCUAGCAGCCGCCGCGGCGGUGGCUGCGGCCGGGGGGUCGGACGGCGGUAAUUUUCUGGAUGAAAAACAAUGGCUCACCACAAUCUCUCAGUAUGACAAGGAAGUCGGACAGUGGAACAAAUUCCGAGACGAAGUAGAGGAUGAUUAUUUCCGCACUUGGAGCCCAGGGAAACCAUUUGAUCAAGCUUUAGAUCCAGCUAAGGACCCGUGCUUAAAGAUCAAAUGCAGCCGCCACAAAGUAUGCAUUGCUCAAGAUGCUCAGACUGCACUCUGCAUCAGUCACAGGAGGCUCACACACAGUAUGAAAGAAGUAGGAGGAAGCCAUAAGCAAUGGAGAGGUCACCUGUCAUCUACCUGUAAGCAAUGCCCUGUGGCCUAUGCCAGCCCCGUUUGUGGUUCCGACGGGCAUUCCUACUCCUCACAGUGCAAACUAGAAUAUCAGGCAUGUGUCUUAGGAAAGCAGAUCUCUAUCAGAUGUGAAGGGCAUUGCCCAUGUCCGUCCACUAAAUCCACAAGCACAGGCAGAAAUGUUAAGAGAGCCUGCAGUGACCUGGAAUUCAGAGAAGUGGCAAACAGACUUCGAGACUGGUUCAAGGCCCUUCAUGAGAGUGGGAGCCAAAAUAAGAAGACGAAAUCACUGCUGAGGCCUGAGAGAAGCAGAUUCGAUACCAGUAUUUUGCCAAUUUGCAAGGAUUCACUUGGCUGGAUGUUUAAUAGACUUGACACAAACUACGACCUGCUAUUGGACCAGUCAGAGCUUGGGAGCAUCUAUCUUGAUAAGAAUGAACAGUGCACCAAGGCAUUCUUCAAUUCUUGUGACACGUACAAGGAUAGUUUGAUAUCUAACAAUGAAUGGUGCUACUGCUUCCAGAGACAGCAAGACCCACCCUGCCAGACAGAGCUCAGCAACAUUCAGAAGCGACAAGGGAUAAAGAAGUUCCUAGGACAGUACAUCCCUCUCUGUGAUGAAGAUGGCUACUACAAGCCAACGCAAUGCCAUGGCAGUGUAGGACAGUGCUGGUGUGUUGACAGAUAUGGAAAUGAAGUAAUAGGAUCCAGAAUAAAUGGUGUUGCAGAUUGUGCUAUUGAUUUUGAAAUCUCUGGAGAUUUUGCAAGUGGAGAUUUCCAUGAAUGGACUGAUGAUGAAGGUGAAGAAGAUGAUAUUAUGAAUGAUAAAGAUGAUAUUGAAGAUGAUGAUGAAGAUGAAGGGGAUGAUGAUGAUGAUGGGGAUGACCAUGAUGGAUAUAUUUGAUCAGCAACAGCUUAAGUCAACAAAUUCUACAUUUUUAAUAUUUACAAAAUAAUAGCAUAUUGAGAAUUUCCUUCUUAUCCCUAAACAAAAUGAUUCUAAACCCCACAUAUAUUUUGUAUAAUUAUUUCAAAUAUUGAAGCUAAAGUCAUAGAACAUUAUGUUUAAAUAAGAAUUAUUUAAUUUUUGGUUUUUAUAAGCCUUAGAAAAAAAGAAAACACAUAUGGGUUGUAGCCUGAAUAUAGAAAGUUAUGAAGACUAUGAUAACAAAAUUUUCAUGAGAACAUACUAUGUAAUUGUUCUACAAACAACAUAAAAAUUAAUGUGUGCUUGGGAUCAUAUGUGUUGCUUUUAUGACAUAUUUUAUAAGUUAAAUUUAUAGUAACUUUCUAAUGACCUGAACCACAAGGAUUUUGUCAAUUAAUGCAUGAUGUUAACUUCAAUUAAAAUCGGGCAUCUUCCAAACUUAUGGUUGGGAUACUAAGAAAGAUGACUCAUCGUAAGACAAAGUGAGCACUGUUGAGUACUUAUUUGAGUGGUGAUCUUUUUAAUUAUGAAGUUAUUCUGGAAAUGAUUAGAUUUUUUUUUGCAAUGCAAAGUAUGGAAAACCAUGGAUUCUGAAAGUUAAAAGUUAGUUUUUCUUCCUACUUUUCAACUUAAAUUGCAUUGUGUAUCAUGUGGAUUUUUAAAAAUAUUCUUAAACAGCAUCAUUUCUAGAUUUUUCUAUAUUCCAACCAGCAAUCUGGGUACAGAAUUUCAUUUAGAAAGAAAAAAGAAAGAUUCAUUUCAACCACUUUUCAUUAAAUAUAUUUUAUUUUAACCCAAGAUCAAAUUUGAAAAUAUGAAUUCACAGUUUUUCAUUCAAUAUAAAAUUUUGUGUUUAAUCUUGUAAUCAUAACCUUUUUGUUAUUAGUACUGGAAUUAAAGAACGUGUUGUAUGGUGCCUUGCAAAAAUAAUAGAAAUAGAAAGGGUUAGCAUGCAUACCAGUAUAGGAUAUUAGGCAAUAUUUAAGCACACAUAAUUAACAAAUUAUUGCUAUUAAAGAUACUGCUGGAAUGAAGAAAGUGGAAUAUGUUUCUUUCUUUUUUUCUAUUGUUACAUAAUCCCAUAUGAACUUGUUUAUAAUUAUUGUGAAGAAUAGCAUUUAAGAUUUAACUGUAACAAAAAUUACUUUGUUCACUAAACAUUAGUUAGCAUGUUAAUUAAUUGUGUAGACAUUUUGACAUACCACCGCUUUUGGGUGUAUCAGACCAAUAGUUUUGUGCUCAUAUAGACGUGGGAAACCUGUUGAAUUUUGCACAUCAGUAUCUUUCACUUCAGCAGUGAAUUUCCAGAUUUCCUGGACUAUUAUUCAUAGAACACAAAUUUGGUGAACUUGUUCCAUUUAAUUUCUACACACUAAAUAAAAACUUCAAUGUUGACUUUACAUAAUAUUUAAGCUAUAAUGCAUUUUCUUUUUUACUGUUUCUGUAUAGUUUACAAAAUAAAGACUCUUGUAACCAAA